AGAGCUGGGCUGCAGUUUGGCGAGUGGCUCGAGCCGAGUAGCGAAGCACGAGCGCGGUUCGUUCCCAGGACUCACUCUCUUUAAAGCUCAGCUCGCGGGGAUAUUUUUGGAUUUUAAACACAACUACACUUGACGAGUUCGGAAGACGACAAGGAUUCCGACUUUAACUGCAUUUGGAUUUACUCGCUCCAGAAGUCACCCAUUCAUGCUUUCCCUUGCCGCCGGGUUAGAAGUCCAUCCGAAGCGGCGUUAAGCGCGCUGUUCCGCGGCGAAGUGUCUCGUGCUGACCGCUACUUCGUGACUCGUGGACCCCCUGCGUUACGCGACCAUGCACCGUGCGUUCACCGCAGGCUCGUGCCCAACCAACCAUCUCGAAAGAGCUUGAUUAAAAAACAUAAUUGUUUAGCAAAAAUUCGUGGUUUACAAAUGCACAUCUUAUCGGAGCUGACUGGAUGCAUGCUGACCUCGCCGGAGCUCUGAAUCCGCGGCCAGGUUGUUGGAGAGGAGCAGCCCCGCUCCAGACUCUGAUGUGGCGGUCCUGUCCCCGAGCCUCGUCGGUCGGCUGUGCACGCGCUGCACGGCUCUUCACGCUCAUUAAUGUUAUACGACGACGAUAAACGCAUCCGUGACACGCGAUUAUUAUUCGUACAAGAACACAAACCCGUAUAGAUUUUCAAAUUGUCGUAUGUUCAGGACGAAACGCUCAGGUCUUGUGCGGCGACUCUGGAGAAGCCGUUUGAUUCCAGAUACAGAAGGGCAAGAUGGAAAUGGCCAAACUAGUGAGCAGGGGUGCAGCAGCAGCAGGGACGAUAUGUUCGCCAACCACCCAGAGAAAAUUCCCAAAACGGAGUUCCGACCGAUGACCCCAAGCGGGUCGCUGGUCGCCGGGGACCUAGGGGGCGUGUGUGCGCUGGGCGCCGGGGGGGACGGCGGCGGCGGCCCGCGGGUCACCCCGGAUCAGCAUGGGGCUGCUGGGGUGUGCAGUGUCCAGGAGCAGGGUAGCCCUCGGUCCACGCAGGACAGCGAGUGCAGGACCGUGACCUGCUGCUUAUUUAAAGAGCGGGACCACUCCGAGUUUAGAGGUCCAGACAUGGCCCAGGUUAGGGACACGGGGUCUUGUCACUUUGUGCUCAGAAACAUUGGACCACGGGACACCGGUUCUCCCGAGCCUCAGGAGGCGAUGCCCCGCACGGUGUUGGAGCAAGAACUCAAAUCGGCCACACAUUCUCUUUUGAAAAGGCUAAAAGAAAGAACUCUGGAUACCCUACUUGAGGCAGUGGAGUCCCGGGGAGGGAUGCCUAGCGACUGCGUUAUGGUGUCCCGGACAGAGCUACGGUUGGCUGGCCAUAUGGCGUCCCCACAGCUGCUCUUGUGUAAACUCUACCGCUGGUCCGAUCUCCAGCACUUGGCCCAGCUCAAGCCGCUCUGUGAGUGUAAGAGCUUCGGUGCCUUGGACUCUCCGACAGUAUGCUGCAACCCCUAUCACUACAGUCGACUCUGUGGGCCAGAGUCACCCCCACCCCCGUAUUCAAGGCUUUCCCCAAACGAAGAACACAAGCCACUCGACCUAUCAGACUCCACAUUGUCUUACACUGAGACGGAGACAGCCAGCUCACCAAACACUACCCCCGGGGAGUUCUCAAGUGAGUGGGCUCCUCCAAAACCUCUUCACACGCUACACAAAGAGCUCAUCAGCGCACAAAUACAACAUUCGAUUCUCCUUUUGCACACAUGAAUACAUCCAUUCAGAUUCAUUCCUUCAUUCAUGAAUUUUCAUUUUAACCUUGUAAUGACUGGAGAAUUGUAUAUAUGCAAGCGUUAUUCGACAUAGGUCAUGGUUUGGUGGCACAUAGACAAAUGAAAGAAAAAAAAAGAUGAGAUUUAUAUAUAGCCAUGAACUUUCAAGUACAGAUGUAUGUGUUUAUGUGUGUGUAAACAUGUUCAGACACGAUUGUGUGAGUAUGUGUGAGUAUUCUCUGUGAGAACAGUGUAUCUCUGAUUCAUCAGGCAGUGCAGCCGAGGUGUGUGAGGUGCACUAUGUUGAAGAGUGUGUACAUGGUGCUGGGGUGUGUGUGUGUUAGGUGCACUAUGUUGAAGUAGGUGUGAACGGUGCUGAGGUGUGUGUGUGUUAGGUGCACUAUGUUGAAGUGUGUGCGGACGGUGUUGAGGUGUAUGUGUGUAAGGUGCACUAUGGCGAUGUGUGCGUGCACGGUGCGGAUGUGUGAGUUGCACUAUGUUGAUGUGUGCGUGCGUGUGCACGCUGCUGAUGUGUGUGGGUGAGGUGCACUAUGUGGCUGUGCUUGUGCAAGGGGCUGAUGUGUGUGUGUGAGCUGCACUAUGUUGCUGUGUGUGCAUGGUGCUGAUGUGUGUGUGAGGUGCACUGUGUUGCUGUGUGUGCAUGGUGCUGAUGUGUGUGUGAGGUGCACUGUGUUGCUGUGUGUGUGAGCUGGUGUUUUAGCCUUAAUGUAGCAGUUCUCAGUCUGCGAUUUGUAGCCAUUCC